AUGCACUGGUCUUGUAAUUUAUUAACCGACUCGGGUGGGUUUCAAAUGGUCAGUCUUUCACGAUUGUGUCACGGAUCGGAGCAUGGUAUUAAGUUUGAGAGUUCUAUCGAUGGGGCGACAAUGGUCUUGAGACCUGAAGCAUCAAUUGCUCCUCAAAAUGAGAUUGGUGCUGACCUUAUCAUGGCUCUAGAUGAUGUUGCAUCAAGUUUAACAGUUAAUGACAAACGCUUUCAAGAAGCUUGUGAACGGACUGUCAGGUGGUUGGAUCGAUGCUUAAAAGCUCAUGCAAAUCCGGAGAAGCAAAAUCUCUUUGGAAUUGUACAAGGAGGAUUAGAUCUAAGUCAUGGGGGACUAAGAGAUCAAUGUCUAGAUGAAUUGAUUAAGCGGGACUUACCUGGCUAUGCCAUUGGUGGAUUAGCAGGAGGUGAAUUAAAGGACGCAUUCUGGAAGGUCGUUGCCAAAUGCACGGCUCAAUUACCGGAAAAUAAACCUCGUUGCACUGCAAGCUUCGGUACGGCUAUUGUACCUUCAGGUCUCUUAAAACUCAAGAGUGCCAAGUGCGAACAUGAUGAACGGCCGAUUGAUGACACUUGUGAGUGCUUCGUAUGCAAGAAGUACACACGUGCAUAUCUGCGUGUGUUGCUGAAAGAAGAGACGUUUGGUGAAUCAGAGAACACCACGGGAAGUAUUAAUGCACACCUCAUCACGUAUCACAAUGUCACGUAUAUGCUGAACCACUUGGACAAUCUAUCAUCGACAAUAAGUUUGAAGAGUUUGUCAGGAAUUUUAUGCUACAGCAGUUUUCAGAGCGUGACUGUCCUCAAUGGGUUGUCGAUGCCCUGGCACCAACUCUAA